UGGUGAUAAGGUAACAUACAGAAAUCUGGCAGGGGAUUGUGGGACAUCGAGCAACUGUGCUGUUAUGAAGGCUGAUGGUUCAUGGGAAAGUCUUAACUGCACAGACACAAGAUAUUUCAUGUGCUAUGAACAAGAUGCUUCCUCACAGACUCCUAAUUAUCAUCUUAUCCUUGAGAAUAAGACCUGGUAUGAAGCUCAGCGUUACUGUAGACAGAGAUACACUGAUCUGGUCAGCAUCAGAGAUCAGCAGCACAAUGAAGAGGUGAUGAUUAAAGGGUUAAACAGCAGCACACCCUUCUGGAUCGGCCUGCUGUGUGAUGACUGGCAGUGGAUUGAUGGAGGAAUCUCUGCCUAUAGAAACUGGAAUCGGUGGAGAAAUGAACCUUAUCCAUCACCAUACAACUGUGUAGUACAUGAUAGAUGGGGAUGGGGAUGGGGAUGGGGAUGGGGAUGGGGAUGGUACACAGUCCCGUGCAAUAUUCAUUACUCUGCUUUGUGCUACUACAAUUCUACACCUCCAGUCCAGAGUCAACUCACUUCAUUCCAUUUCAUUCCGGAUUACAUGAAUCAGACUGAGGCUCGGAAAGCUUGCAGAGAAAAUUACACCGACCUCGUCACUGUGUACUCUGAUGAAGACAACACUAAACUGGUUGAACUUGUGAUGAAGGCUGGUAUUUACAAUGCCUGGAUCGGACUCUAUCGCAGUCACUUCAGUGAGAAAUGGUCUAAUGGUGAUAAUGUAACAUACAGAAAUCUGACAGGGGAUUGUGGGACAUCGAGCUACUGUGCCAUUAUGAAGGCUGAUGGUUCAUGGGAAAGUCUUAAGUGCACAGUCACAAGAUAUUUCAUGUGCUAUGAACAAGAAGCUUCUUCACAGACUCAUAAUUAUCAUCUUAUCCUUAAGAAUAAGACCUGGUAUGAAGCUCAGCGUUACUGUAGACAGAGAUACACUGACCUGGUCAGCAUCAGAGAUCAGCAGCACAAUGAAGAGGUGAGGAUUAAAGGGUUAAACAGCAGCACACCCUUCUGGAUCGGCCUGCUGUGUGAUGACUGGCAGUGGAUUGAUGGAGGAAUCUCUGCCUACAGAAACUGGGGUUGGCAGAGCGGUGAACCUCAUCCAUCACCAUACAACUGUGUAGUACAUAAUAGAUGGGGAUGGGGAUGGUACACAGUCCUGUGCGAUUAUACUUACUCUGCUUUGUGCUACUACAACAGUUACAUCCAUGUGAGUGAAGAGGCUCUGAGCUGGGAGAAAGCGCUGGAUUACUGUGAUAAAGGGAACAGAGCUGGAAUUCUGAUCAUCGAUUCCCAAGCUGAACAGGAACAGUUAGAGUCUGAGCUCAUGAGUAGACGUGUCCCUCCAGGGUCUCUGUGGGUGGGGCUUGGACCAAACCGUCUCUCUGAGCUGAAGGUGUCGUCUGUUCCGCUGACCUGCCAGGACAUACAGAGACAGAGCGAAGCUGACACACACACUGCAGGAGCAGCACCAGAUUAUGUGAUGGACUCCACUGAACUUCGAGUUGUGUGUAAACAGAAGUAAAACAUUUUCCUCGAUGCUGCAAGAACAGAGCACUGCACAGUUUAGAGUUUUCCAGCACAAACUCACCUGAACACUUCAUUAUGCAUUUGUUCUUGAUGAGCUGAAUCACAGAGCAGGAAAAAGCUUAAAGUGUGCAGGAAGUGUUCACACACUCAGAGCUUCACACAUCAAUUGGCCUUCAGAAGAAUAUUUAGAAUAUAUAUUUUAUGCUGUUAAAGCCUCUCUAAAUUCUUGUUUAAGAUAAAAUUUAUUAUACUUUCUUUUCUUUUAUCAUAUCAAUAAUAAGAAACUGGAAUUUUACUCUUUUUCAUGAUAACUUUUGUGUUGUAUUUUCUUCAUUUACAGCAGUUGAGUUUAGUAACUACUGAUAAUCUAUAUUC